AUGAGUGACCUGGCCCAAGACACAUUCUUGCACCAGGCAGUACAGUGGUUGCUGAAGGAUGAGGCCUUGGCUAUCUCUGCUCUGGAGUACCUGCCCACGGAGUUCUUCCCACCACUGUUCAAGGAGGCCUUCACUGGCAGACAGACAAACCUUGUGAAGGCCAUGGUGGCAGCCUGGCCCUUUCAUUGCCUCUCCAUGGGAGCCCUGCCGCCCAUCUCACACAUGGAGACUCUGAAGGCUGUGCUGGAUGCACUGGACUUUCUGGUGACUCAGAAGGUGCGCCCCAGGAGGUGGAAACUCCAGGUGCUUGACUUGCAGAAAGUGCACCAGGACUUCUGGGAUGAACAGACUGGAGGCAUAGAUGUCAGCUACACCCUGCAGGUCCUGAGUCAAAAGGAAACUGAGGAGGAGCAGGAGCCAGAGUGUGGGGUGAAGCAGCCCUUGAGGGUGUUGGCUGAUUUUGACCUCUGUGGGGAGCAUCUCAAGGAGACUGACAAGUACUUGUUGAAGUGGGCCAGGCUGAGAAAAGGCUCAGUGCAACUGUGCUGCAGGGAGCUGAAGAUCAGAGCGUCACAUUUCUACACUGUCAUAGCGAUCCUGAACACUUUAGACAGAGACUGUGUCCAGGAGUUGCAACUGAAUUCCUGGUGGCACCAGGGAAGCCAGGCCUGGUUUGCACAUUGCCUGGCGCAGCUGGGAAAUCUUUGCAAACUCCCUCUCCUGGGAAUCCGCCAGACUGCUUUCAGUGGUAACUCUGCUCUACCAGACAUGAAGAAGUAUGUCACCGAGCCUGGUCCUCUGUUUCCCAACCUGGACUGUCUGCAGCAUCUCUAUAUGGAUGGCAUUUACUUUCUGAAAGACAACCUGGAAACCUUGCUAAGGUGCCUGAAGACCCCCUUGGAGACCCUGUCCAUCACUCAUUCCCAGCUCUCCCAGGCAGACUUGAAUCAUCUACCCCUGAGUCUGAACCUACAUCAGCUCACACACCUGAAUCUCAGCAGUGUGGUAUUAUCCUGUUUAAGUACUGGGCCCCUCCAUAUUCUUCUGGAGAGAGUUGCAGCCACUCUGAAGACCCUGGAAUUGGAAGGCUGUAGGAUGAAGGCCUCCCAGCUCACUGCCAUCCUGCCUGUCUUAAGCCAGUGCACCCAACUCACUAAGAUCAACUUCCUUGACAAUGACAUAUCCAUGGCUGUCUUUCAGGACCUUUUCUACCACACAGCCAAUCUGAGCAAGCUGUUCCUGGAGAUGUACCCUGCCCCUUUGGAGAGCUUUGAUGACAAGGGUCAUGUUCUCAAGGAUAGAUUGGUCCAACAUUGUUCUGAGCUCAUGGAUAUUCUCAGAGCCAUAAGGCAGGCCAAAUCUGUCUACUUUGCUGCUGGUGCCUGUUUUGUGUAUUAUAACUAG